UCACUUAUGACCAGUCUGACCACAGGCAUUAAAACAACAUCAGCACUCAUCAGUUUACAGCUGUGUGUAACUCAUCACAGUGGGUUUCACUGCAUUCAACAUCUGAUCUACCACAGCCAGGAAAAAUGUUCUGCCUGAUGAAUUUCAGUCUUUUCCUCUCAUGUGUGCUCCUCUUCAUCACACAGCCAGGUCGUGGUUCUGAGAUCAUUCAAGGGAAAGAAGUUGAGCCGCACUCACUGCCUUUCAUGGCUUAUGUAAGAGGUAAACUGUCUUCAUGUGGAGGGACAUUGAUCCAUCCACAGUGGGUGCUGACGGCUGCCCACUGCCCUCGCAUAUAUAAGGUGGUCCUGGGAGUGCACUCCAUCAGGAAAAAGGAGAAAGAUUCAAAGCAGAUCCGAGAGGUUGAGAAACUUUUUCCACAUCCCAACUAUACCCUUGUAACCAAGGGCAACGACCUCAUGUUGCUGAAGCUUCAGGAACCAGUGACUCUGACCAGGACAGUCAAAUGGCUCAAGUUAGGCAAAACCAUCAGAGACCCGGCAGCUGGCAGCAGGUGUCUGGUGGCUGGAUGGGGACGAACCGAAACAAAACGAACAUCAGACGUCCUCAUGUCUGUCAAUGUGACUGUGGUGGACAGACAGACGUGCAACUCUCGUGAUUAUUACAACCACAGACCUGAGAUCACCAGAGACAUGAUAUGUGCUGGUUCAGAUGGUACAAACGUCGCUGAUACCUGUCAGGGGGAUUCAGGAGGGCCGCUGUUGUGUGAUGGAGCGCUGGUUGGAGUCACGUCCUUUGGAGCGGGUUGUGGUGUCAUUAAGAAACCUGGAGUCUACUCGUUUGUCUCAGAGAGACAACUACAGUGGAUCAAGAAGACAAUGAAAUCAUACUAAAUGUCAUGAAACCACAGGCGUCAGUCUGCACAAGAUGAGAACCUUUGAUGGUUUAUUAUCCAUUUGAUCAUUUCAGUGUUUCUCUUACAUUUCAUUAUAGUUUAGCUUCUGCUAGCUUGCUAUAAUUGUUACACACUCUGCACAUAUACAGUAUGAUAGCCACCCUCUCAUGGUUAGUCCAUUACUGCCAUUGAAGGAACUUAAAGCAGGCACAAUGUGGCACAAACAUUAACUGGACCCCAAACCAUCUGGGGGG